GGCACUCAGUUGAUGUGAUCUCCUCUUUCCUUCUUUACUCUGUAGGCUAUAGGAAGUUUCUAAGUGGGGAAGAGAAAUAGAUUGAUCAGGAGGAAAUUGAGGAUGUGGAGGUCAGAGCUAUGGGGGCCUAAGCAGGAAGGUAGCAGUUGAAAUAGAAGGGGACAACUGACCUUGUGCAGCAGAUGCCCCAGUCCUGGGUUCGCAUGUCUUUGUUGUCAGCCUGUGGAUCACUGAUUGACCAGCCUGAGCCAGCGGGUCCCUCAGAUCCCAAGGGACAGACUGGGCGGUGCUUUUACCCACACCGUGAGACUCCUCAUAAUUGCAUCAGUGCUGCACGUACCUAUGGAAAAUACUAGUGGACUGUCAGGCUUGGGGCUAAUUGGUUUCAGCUAACACCUUAUGGGAGCAGAGUCCUUGUGCACAUGCUGCCGUGGUACAAGUGCCCUAACUAGCUUCACACCAAGGGGAGUGGCAUCCUGAAGGAAAGCAAUUCCUUUGACUCCACCCCUUUCAUCCACUGCCACUCACAGAUUGGCCUCCAGCUCCUGCCCGGGGGAUCAAAGACGAAAUCUUAGAAUACACGUUUUCAAACUCAAUUAAUUGUUCAUUAAUAUCCGGGAGUGGCAGAUAUACGAUGCUUCCCUUUUCAUGGCAGGUCAAAGAUGAAAUUUGAUUAUGCUUUGAAGGGUGUGGUUUGCCUCUUGAAAUUCCCUGCAGUGUCUUUACCAACGUGGUGUUGCCCAGAGCAGCCCAAGUGCCCUUAUCUAACCAAGGGAGGCGCACUUGUCUGCAUAUAUACAGGCAGGAGCCGACACUCGGAAAAGUCAAAUCCAGCCUGCACAAUGAAGAAGCAACCUAAGAAGGAUGAAGCUCCACACUGUGAGCUCAAAUCCUAUUCUAAGAACUUGGACACUCAGUCAUCCACCAUGGUAUUGGGUCCUGAACAGAAGAUGCCAGAUGAUGAUGCUUCUGGAGACCAUGGGGACCCUGCCAGUCUUGGUACCCUCAACCCUGCCUAUAGUAACUCAUCUCUUUCCCAGUCCACUGGGCACUCACAGGAGCCCUUCACCACCUACUUUGAUGAGAAGAUUGCCAUUCCUGAAGAGGAGUAUUCUUGUUUUAGCUUUCGUAAACUCUGGGCUUUCACGGGACCGGGCUUUCUUAUGAGUAUUGCCUACUUGGAUCCAGGAAACAUCGAGUCUGAUUUGCAGUCUGGAGCGGUGGCUGGAUUUAAGUUGCUCUGGGUUCUUCUGUUGGCCACCAUGGUGGGGCUCCUACUCCAGCGCCUUGCAGCUAGACUGGGAGUGGUCACGGGGUUGCAUCUUGCUGAAGUGUGUCACCGUCAGUAUCCCAGGGUCCCACGAAUUAUCCUAUGGCUGAUGGUGGAGUUGGCUAUCAUUGGCUCAGAUAUGCAAGAAGUUAUUGGCUCAGCCAUUGCCAUCAAUCUCCUGUCUGUAGGAAGGGUUCCUCUGUGGGGUGGAGUUCUCAUCACCAUUGCAGAUACCUUUGUAUUUCUCUUUUUGGACAAGUACGGCUUACGGAAGCUAGAAGCAUUUUUUGGCUUUCUCAUCACUAUUAUGGCCCUCACAUUUGGAUAUGAGUAUGUUACAGUGAAACCCAGCCAGAGCCAGGUACUCAAGGGCAUGUUCCUGCCAUCCUGUCCAGGCUGUCACACCCCACAGAUCGAGCAGGCUGUGGGCAUCGUGGGAGCUGUCAUCAUGCCACACAAUAUGUACCUGCAUUCUGCCUUAGUCAAGUCCAGACAGGUAAACCGAGCCAAUAAGCAGGAGGUACGAGAAGCUAAUAAGUACUUUUUCAUUGAAUCCUGCAUUGCUCUCUUUGUUUCCUUCAUCAUCAACGUCUUUGUCGUCUCCGUCUUUGCCGAAGCAUUUUUUGAAAAAACCAACGACCAGGUGGUUGCAGUCUGUAGAAAUGCGAGCAGUCCCCACACCAGCCUCUUUCCUGACGAUAACUCGACACUGGCUGUGGACAUCUACAAAGGGGGUGUUGUACUGGGAUGUUACUUUGGGCCUGCUGCACUCUACAUCUGGGCAGUGGGGAUCCUGGCUGCAGGGCAGAGCUCUACCAUGACAGGAACCUAUUCUGGCCAGUUCGUCAUGGAGGGAUUCCUGAACCUAAAGUGGUCACGCUUUGCCCGAGUGAUUCUGACCCGCUCUAUUGCCAUCAUCCCCACUCUGCUUGUUGCCAUCUUCCAGGAUGUAGAGCAUCUAACAGGGAUGAAUGACUUCCUGAAUGUUCUGCAGAGCUUACAGCUUCCCUUUGCUCUCAUACCCAUCCUCACAUUUACGAGCUUGCGGCCAGUAAUGAGUGACUUUGCCAAUGGAAUAGGCUGGAGGAUUGCAGGCGGGAUCUUGGUCCUUAUCGUCUGUUCCAUCAACAUGUACUUUGUCAUGGUUUAUGUCCAGGAACUAGGGCAUGUGGCAUUGUAUGUGGUAGCUGCUGUGGUCAGUGUGGCUUAUCUGAGCUUUGUGUUAUACUUGGGUUGGCAAUGUUUGAUUGCACUGGGCAUGUCCUUCCUGGACUGUGGGCACACGUACCAUCUGGGACUGACAGCUCAGCCUGAACUCUACCUUCUGAACACCGUGGAUGCUGACUCACUUGUGUCUAGAUGACUGACAGCCUGAGAGACUGUUUACGAACCACUUUGUCUUAGUCCUUUUGUGCCAGGUGUCCUGUUAACAUAUCUCUGUUAGUUCAGAGGUGAGUUUUGUUCAGAUGUUUUGAACAAAAGUCAAAGAUUUCCUCAUGGGAAGGGUGUUAAAAGCUGCCAGCUCUAAGUGUAGGACAGAGACCCACCCACCUCAUGAUGGUCCUACAGUAGCCAGAGUGACAUGAUUGGCCCACGGUGGCCACACACCCCUAUGGGCUUGUGUCUUGACCUCUGGAAUUUAAAAAAUAUAUAUGUGUAUAUAUUUAUGUAAACCUGAACAUGUCAGUUUGGGUAGAGUUUUAAGGUUAUGUGAAAUUGAUAGGUCUUUCUUAUUUUUUUUAAAGCUAUAGAUAAAUCAGAUAUUUGUUUUCUCUGGGUCACAAGUGACAGAGGAAAGGGAGUAAUGCUCUUUUUCAGAAUGAUCUGGUCAAAUUGACUUGCCUUUUAAAGUGACACUUGACUAUGGCUAGUUAAAUUCGAUUUCAGUUUUAACCAGACCCUUAGCGACUACUGACUAGCAGCACAUCAUUUCUAAAGAAAACAGUUCUUCUUUUCAGCAGAUUUAUCCUGGUUAUAUUGUGUGCUUUGCAAUUAUUAUUCUUUGUUGCUUUUCUUGAAAUCUUGUCAGAGGUAUGGUGGUAUUUCCCAAAGAGCUUAGUACCUCAUCAGAAGAUUCAGAAACCAUACUCUAACCAAUGAUCAGUUUUCCAUGUGACAUCGUAACUCAGCCCAUUCUAGCAUUCAAGCUUUAGGGAUAAAAAGAAGAACCUUCUAACAUUUCACUUUGUAAGUCCCAAACAGAAAAUGAUGGGAGGUUACUUGUUUUCUUUCUAACGUUUGUAGAGUUCUACCAUGUCUUUUCUUCCCAUUUUUCCCCAC